ACCACACUACUUGAUAACGUCAGUAUCCACACAGUGAUCGAGCCGACUAGACGUAAAUAUGUCUCAAACGGAGCCGGAGCCAACAUUAUGGGACGAAUUGACGAGCCCUGUCAAUUUCACACUUAUCCUAGUUAUUGCGUAUCUUAUUUACAAGAUAGUAAGGGCGAAAUUUGAACCAGAGCCCGUAGCUGUGCCCGUGCAGAGGUUGCCAAAGAUGCGUAAAGAUCUCACGGUACAGGAGUUAAGAAAAUACAACGGUACGCAGCCCGACGGCAGAGUUUUGCUGGCGGUUAACGGCGUGAUUUUUGAUGUGACCAGGGGGAAGUCGUUUUACGGGCCCGGAGGUCCAUAUGCAGCUUUCGCGGGCACGGAUGCGACCCGUGGCCUGGCGACCGGCACUGUCGCCGGUUCCGACAAGGACUACGACGAUGUGAGCGACCUCACGCCGGAUGAAGUAUCCGCAGCCAAGGAGUGGGAGGAACAAUUCACUGGAAAGUAUGACAUCGUGGGGCGUCUACUGAAGCCUGGAGAGACAGCCAAACAGUACAGCGACGAUGAGUGUGAAGCCAAGACCGAAGACAAGACCGAAGACAAGAAAUCACAAUAGACCAUACAUAGUUGACUUCAACGUGUGAAUCAGAUAAAAAAGACAUUUACGGAGUUCCAAAUAAUUGUAUGAUCGAAUCAGUUACUCGCGCGAUGGCGUGAGAUAGUUACCAUCUAUCUCUUUCUUUCUAGUGUUGUUAACAAUGACAUAGCGUAGCCAAGUUGCAAUCACUUAUAGGGUUAGACCAAGAAAAGCCUGCAGCGAUUUUGAUAGCUCACGCAGUGCAAGUGUUAUUUUAAACGUCAAAGUUUUAUGAAAUUAUGACGUAUAAAUAACAGUUGCAUUACGUGGGCUAUUAAAAGACGCUGCAGACUUUUCUUGGAAUUACUAUAGCUUAUCGAAACUUAAAUUUUAAUAAUGUUUGAAAAUCGUGAUGAGAGUUUUAAUUAAUAAUAAUGUGCAACUGCAUUAUUAAUAUUAUUAUGAUAUAGACUGAUGUCAAAAGAAGUGUUUUAGUUUUCAAAGGUCGAGUCACACAAAUAUGCUUUUAACUACGUGUUCUUCUUGUUGUUUUAAUUAAUAAGUUGGGUAUUAAGUUUUGGUUUAGUUACGUUAAAGUUUUAAUGACUUAAUUUGUUUAAUUAUAUGCGAUCUCUAAUGAUACUAUUAAGUGUUGUGAAAAUAAUAGUGUCAUUUUUGUAGCAGAUUUUGUACUAUUAAAAUAUCAUUAUACUAAA